CUACCGUCUACCACUUCCUUAACUAAUCAUGAAUGCUCUGGAGAUCGUGGUUCGUCCCGCGGUGGACAGCGUGGAGGCCGCGCUGGAUCGCAUCAAGAUGAACAUGAACCUCAAGUUUGCGGACUGGGGGCUGCCCUGCCCCAUCACAGGACAGCCGGGCGCAGUGGCGCACGCGGCGGCGGCGGCGGCGGGCGGCCAGCAUGCGGCCAGCGGCAGCUUGUGAGCGCAGCGGUGUUGGGCGUGCGGUAUGUGUGGAGUGCUGAGAAUGAGGGGGCGGAGCAGGAUAGCGUGAGUAGGCCCGUGUACAAGAGCCGCCCAGGGCAGGAGUCUCCCGUCGGCGCGGAGAAUUGCAAGCAGCAGUGGGCGCAACAAAUAAAGAGAGGAUGGCUACGUGGCAACGCGAUGGCGCCGGCAGAUAGACCUCUGGAGGCAGCUGCUAUGGGCCCUUUGGCACCCAAACAGCGUGGUACGCGUAUCAGGGACUGCUGAGCUAGCAGGGCCACGUUUGGUGUGCCGUGUGGGACUGAUAAGGGUUGCAAGCAAGUGUGCGAGGAGUAUAGGUACGUACGCAUUUGGCGCUACCCGUGGCGGUGAUUGCUUCUGGUGUAUGCCUGUUCGUGUCGCACUGUCGCGGUGACUGAACCCGAUGUAGGGCGGGGGCUGAGCACAUCAGGCUAGACUCCGUUAGAAGCUGGCGGAGGGGAGUAUGCAGCAGCAGGCGCAAGCUGGCACUGAAUGGCGUGCGUGAGCAGCUCGGGGGAGUCAAGAAAGCUAGCUGGCUUUCGCUGGCAUCCAUCCCGCUGACGUUUCCAGUGAGGCAGAAGGCGCGUGGGCGUAAACGUGUAACAGAAUGCUGAG